CUCCAAUUUUCUCAAACAUUCCCAAAAGGAAAGCAUCUUCCAAAAUCCUUGCUUCUCUCUCUGUGUUCAGAACAAAUUAGGGUUUGGUUUUGUGGUAUAUUUUAAGGAUUAUUGACAAUGAGUUCUACUGGUGGAUCGACCAAGGGCGGAAGAGGAAAGCCCAAGGCGUCGAAGUCUGUGUCGCGGUCGCAGAAGGCUGGGUUGCAGUUUCCCGUUGGGAGGAUCGCCAGGUUUCUCAAGGCCGGAAAAUAUGCAGAGCGUGUCGGUGCUGGAGCUCCUGUCUAUCUUUCUGCUGUCCUCGAGUACCUUGCUGCUGAGGUAUUGGAGCUUGCUGGGAAUGCAGCAAGAGAUAACAAGAAGAACCGUAUUGUGCCAAGGCACAUUCAGCUUGCUGUGAGGAACGAUGAGGAGCUGAGCAAGCUUCUGGGCUCUGUUACCAUUGCCAAUGGUGGUGUGUUGCCUAACAUUCACCAGACUCUCCUUCCUAAGAAGAUUGGCAAGGGCAAAGACGAUAUUGGAUCUGCCUCUCAAGAGUUCUAGGUCUUUUCCCUCAGUAUCUAGUUUUCUUUAGGAAUUCUACAUUUGUAAAAUAUUCAAUUUUGGUUUUCUACUUGGUUUACUAUGGUAUCUUUUGGGUAAAGCGGCUUUGGAAUCAAACCACGCAGCUUUUCGAUCA